AUCCUCCUUCCCCGCCGCUGUCAAUGUGGAACGGAGAUUCCACCAUUCCGCUGGGUUUUGAAUUCCGAGGAGUUUUGGUGCUCAUUGUGAUAAAUGUUUGCAACCAGAGUUUCUAGUUGGUUUUGAGCGGGCGAAGAGGGUCAGGCCGGGAGGAGGGAUCUCCCAGCUCUCCGCUAUGUAAAUUGGAGGGUGGGGAGGGAGGUCCGGGCCAUCGGGAGGGGUCCUAGCCCCCGCGUACGCUGUGGCUCGGAUUACAGUGGAUGCGAGUUGGAGGAAUCGCGGCUCUCGGGCUGCAGUCUUUGUGACUCGCCGCGGCGGCCGGGACCGGGAUCCGCUAGUGAACAGCAGUCAUGGGACACAGGUUCCCUAAGACCAGCCUGACCUGCCUGAUGUUGCUGUUGUGGUUGAGCGGAGGGACCACCGCCCGGGAGCUGGAAGGGGGAAGAGCCAACAAUCACAUUGACCUGACUGGGUUGAUCGGAGUCCCUCUCCCUCCAUCGGUUGCCUUCGUCACCGGGUAUGAUGGCUUUCCGGCGUACAUGUUUGGGUCAGGAGCGAAUAUUGGUCGACUGACGAAGACCAUGAUACCUCAGAAUUUCUACAGAGACUUUGCCAUCCUCGUGACCAUCCGGCCGGCUACUGACGAUGGCGGGGUGCUGUUCACAAUCACUAAUUCCUACCAGAAUAUCAUUUACCUGGGCGUCAGGCUCACCGCAGUCCUGGACGGCAGCCAGCAGAUCGUGCUGUUUUACACCGAGUCCGGCUCACAGACCUCCCAGGAGGUCGCCUCAUUUCAGGUCUCAUCGAUGACAGACAGAUGGGCUCGUUUUGCAUUGUCCAUUCAGGGGGACCUUGUCACGUUGUACCUGGACUGUGACGAACAUGAGCAGCGUCGCUUCCUCAGGUCACCUCAGCCGUUAUACUUUGAGUCAAGUUCAGGAAUUUUCAUUGGGAAUGCUGGAGCGACAGGACUGACCAAGUUUAUAGGGUCGAUCCAAGAGCUGACAAUUAAAUCGGACCCUCGAGCGAGUGAGGAGCAAUGUUAUGAAGCUGAACCAGAUGGACCUUCAGGAGAUGCCAGCGGAGAUGGCAGUGGAGAUGGCAGCGGAGAUGCUAGCGGAAGAUAUAUUCAUCAGGAGCAGGGAGGAGUUAAACCCCAAUUUCACUACAUCACUCCACAGCCUAUAGUUCAUAUAAAUCUCAUCAGUGAACCAGUGGUGGAGGCCCCCACCAACGUUGCUGUCGCCGUGGAGAGGGAGACUUCCUCCGGACUACCUGACGCCAGUUUCCAGGAGAUAACCUCAUCCAGCGUUUCCGGGGAGAGGCCCCCGGAGGAAGGGGAAGACUUUGAAAUACCAGAGCAAGCUCCCAGCCUCAGUGCUGUGAAGGAUGACCGGACUGUGUCGGAACUCAAGGGAGAAGAUGGAUCUGGAAGCGGAAAUCUUCACAGUGACAGAGACACCCAGGGUGAAGACAUAGUGAGGUUGCCUGGACUCAAGGGCGAGAAGGGUGAACAAGGAAUCCCUGGCCCCCCUGGCCCACCCAGCGCGAGGGAAGGUCGUCCUGCUGAACUUGGCCCACCAGGUCCAGCUGGUCCUCCUGGAAAAGACGGAAGAGUGGGGGCCCCUGGAAAAGAUGGACUGCCUGGUAAACAAGGAUCGCAGGGAUUUAAAGGAACUAAAGGUGAUCCAGGCCUCAAGGGAGAGAAGGGCGACCCAGGACCGCCCGGCCAGCCAGGCCCACCUGGACUGCCCGGCCCACCGCCAAAGCUCCAUAUGUACUUUGAUAUAAAAUUGACUUUGAACUAUGAACUUUGGCCUAUUACUACAAGAGUAACUGCCCGUGUCCAUUUGCAGUGUCCGCCAGGUCCGCCAGGCCCCCCUGGCUUGCCAGGUCUGCCGGGUAUCCCAGCUCCGUCUGAAGCCGAGAACCCAAACCUCGUUGGUGCCCCGGGUCCACGUGGUCCUCCUGGUUACCCCGGACAAGACGGAGGCUCGGGUGAGCCGGGUCCAGUAGGAUCUCCAGGAGUGGAUGGAACUUCUGGCAAACCAGGAUCCAAGGGGCAAAAGGCAAGUCAUGAAAACACGGGUGAUCAAGGUCCAGUUGGCAAGCCGGGACCACCAGGAGCAAAGGGAGAGGUCGGAGAGAGUGGUUUGCCAGGACCUCCAGGAUCCCCCGGGCUACAAGGUCUACCUGGACCUCCAGGACCUCCUGGGCCAGCCGGAGGCGGUCUUGACUUUGGAUUUGAGGAUAUGGAAAGUUCUGGUCAAUUUGGAUCCCUGGGCACACCUGGAAAACCUGGACUUCCUGGACCUUGGGGUCCCCCGGGUGAAAAGGGUAAACAGGGCUCUCCAGGUGAAAAGGGCUCUCCUGGUCUUCCUGGGUCACCCGGUCAAGCUGGAUUACCUGGACCCAUGGGACAGAAAGGUGCGAAAGGUGACCGAGGAACAAAGGGUGAACGUGGCCAAGAUGGCGUCAGUAUACCAGGACCGCCUGGCCCUCCAGGAGCCAUUGUGACGCUGCACGAGUUGCUGGGGAACGACACUGAGGAAGUUCUAAAGAUGAAUGGAAUCCAGCUACCACCGGGACCUCCCGGCCCCAGAGGACCCAAGGGUGACCUUGGUAUUCCUGGAUUUCCCGGAGUAAAGGGUGAAAAGGGUGAGCCUGGAAGUACUUUGGCCGCAGAUACUGCAUCGCUGGCCUUGUCAUUGAAAGGUGAAAAGGGUCAGCAUGGCCCGCAAGGACCCUCUGGGCCUCCGGGGCCGAUGGGGCAUCCAGGGCCAAAAGGAGAGUUUGGUUUUCCAGGCAGACAUGGUCGUCCAGGCAUAAAUGGCAGGAAGGGUCAGAAAGGUGAACCAGCAUUAACUCACGUGAGCCCUGUUGGGUCUCCAGGUCCCCCAGGUCCUCCAGGUCCCCCAGGCCUUCCGGGACGUCCCGGUCGAAUUCUCAACAUAAAAGGAACAGUUUUUCCAGUUCCUCCCAGGCCGCACUGCAAAAUGCCCAUAAAUGGUCAAUUUCAACCAGAAGGGGAUGUCAACUGUCUGGGUGUGAAGGGGGAGAAAGGUUCCUUUGGAUCAAGUGGACCAAAAGGUGGUAAAGGUGAAAAGGGGGAGCAGGGACCCCCAGGACUGCCAGGUCCCUAUUCGCCAUAUAUCAGCCUGAAGGGUGAAAAAGGAGACGCAGGAGCACUGGGUCAGAAAGGGGAGAAGGGAGAAUCAGGUGGUAGCCUGUUCUUGCCUGGUAUGCCAGGAGCUCCAGGACCCAUGGGACCUCAAGGGAGACCUGGGCCAGUAGGACCCAAGGGUUCAUCUGUGGUGGGGCCGAUGGGACCACCGGGAAUGCCAGGACUGCCAGGUCCUCCAGGAUAUGGAAUUGUGGGUCCACCGGGACCUCCGGGACCUCCAGGAAUGCCGGGUGUUUUUGGAUCAGCCUUCACCCUCCCCGGACCCCCAGGGCCAGCAGGACCACCGGGACAAGGAGGCAACGGUGGCUUGGUAACGGUCUACAGGAACAUGGAACUAAUGCACAAAGCAACUUUCUCCGUGCCGGAAGGCAGCCUAGGCUAUGUUGCAGACAGGGGUGACCUCUACAUUCGAGUUUACAAAGGCUGGAGAAAGCUCCAGCUUGGCGGCCUGAUUCCCGCUCCUGCCGAUGACCCCUUUCAGGCAGCAAACACGUACUCGGCACCAAACACAUUCCCAACCAUACGCGACCACAAGCCAGGACUGCACUUAGUCGCUUUAAACACCCCGCUGUCCGGUAACAUGCAAGGAAUCCGUGGGGCGGAUCUUCAGUGUUUCCAGCAAGCUCAAGCCAUGGGGUCCUCGGCAACCUACCGAGCUUUCUUGUCCUCCCAGCUGCAAGAUUUGUACACAGUGGUGAGGAAAGCAGACAGGUUAAACAUGCCCGUCGUCAACCUGAAGGGAGAAGUGCUUUUUGAUAGUUGGACAUCCAUCUUUAAACAGCAUGCUACUUUCAACACCAACGUCCCCAUCUUCUCCUUCGAUGGAAGAAACGUCAUGAAGGAUUCUUCCUGGCCCUACAAAAUAAUAUGGCACGGAUCCAGCGAGAGGGGCAGCCGCGACCCUACCAGUUACUGCGGGGCGUGGCGCUCGAUGGACAUGAGCCUCACUGGCAACGCCUCGCCACUCUCCAGCAGGAGGCUCCUCGCUCAGCACACGUACAGCUGCGCAAACAGCUUCAUUGUCCUGUGCAUCGAGAACAGCUACUUCCACGAUCACAGAAGGAGGAAAUGACAGCCUGCAGCCUGCUCGUACAUGAAAGCUCUGGAAUUACAGCAGUCUCGUCGUCAAAAGUGGCACAUUUUUACUUCUAACAAAAUAUAUCCAAGUGGGACAAUGUAAAUAGUGCUUUCUGAUGAGAUCGGCCAUUGGCAAAAAACGGUAGCCAAAGAUGACAUACCUCAAAAAUCUGCAUGGGUUGUCUUUUUAGUAACAAAACCGACCCUAUUGGAUCUAAAGAAGUGAUCUCACACAGUUUCUGAAUCGUGCUUGUUGACACAUUGGUGCUAGUGAAAAGUAAAUUGAGAUGGGACUGCUGUUAAAAUACCAUAUUUAUAACCGCUAUUAACUCCACUUGUGCAUAUUACAAUCUAGCCAGUUUGGUAACUGGGAAGAUUGGCUGGUCACUGUGUACAAGUUCAAGUCUACUGUCAUUCAACCGUAGACGUGUAUACAGCUAAACAAAACAAUGUUUCUCUGCGACUAAGGUACAAAACACAGUACAUGUAUCACAUCUAUUAGCUAAGCACAAGUUCCAGCCAUUGGAAUGCACUGCAGUUACCUUUCACUUGGAAUCUCUUUGAAUCCAGCCUCUGCGAGGAAGGAUCUUUCCUCCUCCUCCUCCCCCUCAAAAAAAACCCACAGCAAAUAGAAAUUAAUUUUUGAUCUUUAAAACCGCCAUCACCAUUGCCGACCGGUACACCAACUUUUUAAAGUAACGCUCAGUGUAAACCUAUGCACCGUUUUUACUAAACCAUCCAUAAUGCUAUUCCAUUUCAAUAUCUUAAUGUUCAAAGACGGGCAUUUUCUGUACAAGAAACCCAGAGCAACACGCAUAAGAGGCUGGGGAAACUCAGCAGAUCAGGUAGCCUCUAUUGCAGAGGUUCCUGACCGUUUUUACACCAUGGACCAAUCCCAUUACACUAGGGGCCCACGGAGCCCAGACUGGGAACCCUGAUCUAUUGCCUAUGUUGUUUCAGUGGGAGAGAGAGCGUCCCACACCCAAAGUAUCAGCUGGAAGUUUAGUGAGAACUGGUUUUAUUUCCUGAAGACUGGUUCCUAUUUCAGUGAAACCACAGUUACUGUAUUGAUAAUAUCAUAACCCCAGUCUGAUCCCUAUCACCUACCUUACCGUGACUGGCAGGUGCAGUUUUCCCAGUGGUGGCAAUACCCUGCUGUUUGGUUCGUUAACUUGAUACAGGAUGCAAUCCUCCUGCUAACAGCCAACUUGAACGCAGUUCCCCCGCCCCCCACCAUUCUACAAAACGGCACAGAGGAAGUUGCAGAAUCAAAUAUAGAACAUAGAACAGUACAGCUCAGGAACAGGCCCACAAUGAGUGGAAUAUUGAAAAGUAAAUCAAAACCCUCCCCAAAAACUAAUCCCUCCUACCUACACAAUGUCCAUAUCCCUCCAUCUUCCUCACAUCCAUGUGCCUAUCUAAAGGUCUCUUAAAAUCUUCUAAUGUAUUUGCCUCUCCCACCAUACCAGGCAGUGCAUUCCAGACAUCCAUCACUCACUGAGUAAAAACUUACCCCUCACAUCCCCUUUGAAUCUACCCCCCAUCACCUUCACUGCAUGCCCUCUGGUAUUAGAGACUCCAGGAAAACAGAUACUCCCUAUCUACUCUAUCUAUGCCUCUCAAACUCUUAUAAACUCUUAUCGAAUCUCACCUCAGCCUUCUCCGUUCCAACCCAGUUUAUCCAGCUUCUCAUGAUAGCAGGUACCCUCUAAACCAGGCAGCGUCCUGGUAAACCUCUUCUGCACCUUCUCCAAAGCCCCAACAUCCUUUCUAUUGUGGGCCAACCAGAACUGUGUGCAAAACUCCAGAUGUGGCCGAUCCAGAGUUCCAUGAAGUAGUAACAUAACCUCUUGAAUAGGUCAUGUUUAAAUACUUGGAACUUUCAAAUGGCAGCUUUUCAGCACAGUCACUCCCGCCGCGGAUUUAGCCAAUUUACACUGCACCGGUAGUCCAUUCACAAUAUGUUAGCCCUCUACAAUGCAGUUAGUCACCGUACACCACAGAUUUAGUCAAUAAAUUCUCUAUGUGCUGUCUGUGUACUGUGCAAGUUUGUGUACGAUACAGAAUUUUAGCAGAUUUUGUCCGGGUGCUUGGCAUCCACUUUCCACACUGAAUCAAUUUACCACACAGAUUUAGGUUGUUUACAGUGAAAUUUUACAAUGCAGAAAUAGAUAAAAGUCACAUUUCACAAUCCUGAAGCAUUCCAUUUAGACUGUGGGUUAAUUCCAUUCAGCGCAACUCAGUUACCACACCAGUGAAGUAAUAUUUGCAUAGAUCAACAAUUUUAUAAUAUAUGAACCAAAUGUCUAAAUCAGAUUGUAUUGAAAUGAAGGAUGUUUCACAAGCUGAAUAAAAACUUAAUACAUUUUUUUUGUAA